CACUCCUCCGCCGCCUCCCGCGGCACCGGGCGCUAACGCACCCCAGGAGGGGGCAGGAUGAAAUCGGGCCGGGCUCGGUCGAGCGCUCCAAUCCGACUCGAGGGCCUCGCAGCCUGCUCCUGAGGGCUCUUCCGGGAACUUCGCGCUCCCGCCCAACCUCCCACAGCCCACUUCUCCCCGCGCCCGGAGAGGAACGCCCACCCCCGCGAAAGCCAUCGCCUUCGCUGCCCGCGGGACCCAGAGCCGCCCACACCGUCUGGGAGCCACCGCGCAGGCGCGCUCUUCCCGGCGGCCUUUGCGCUGUGCCCGGCGGCGCGCGGCGCGAUGAUCCACGAGCUGCUGCUGGCGCUCAGCGGGUACCCGGGCGCGGCCUUUACCUGGAGCAAGCGCGGCGGGCUGCAGGUGUCCCAGGAAUUGCCGUUCUUACACCCCAGCGAGACCAGCGUCCUGAACCGGCUCUGCCGCCUCGGUACCGACUACAUUCGCUUCGCCGAAUUCGUGGAGCAGUACACGGGGCACGUACAGCAGCAGGACCAUCACUUAUCUCAGCAAAACCAGGGUGGAUUGCAUGGGAUAUAUUUGCGAGCGUUCUGCACAGGUCUUGAUUCAGUGUUGCAGCCGUAUCGACAGGCACUGCUUGACCUUGAACAAGAGUUUCUGGCUGACCCACAUCUUUCCAUCUCACAUGUUAAUUAUUCCUUGGACCAGUUUCAGUUACUCUUCCCAUCUGUGAUGGUUGUGGUGGAACAGAUCAAGACUCAGAAGAUUCAUGGAUGUCAGAUACUGGAAACUGUCCACAAACAUAGCUGUGGGGGGUUGCCUCCUGUUCGCAGUGCUCUUGAGAAGAUUCUGGCUGUGUGUCAUGGAGUCAUGUAUAAGCAGCUCUCUGCCUGGAUGCUGCAUGGAUUGCUACUAGACCAACAUGAAGAGUUCUUUAUCAAACAGGGCCCUUCUGGGAAUGUCUCUGGCCAACCCGAAGAUGAUGAUGAUGACCUAGGAAUUGGAGGACUUACAGGAAAACAGCUACGAGAGCUGCAGGACCUGCGCUUGAUUGAGGAGGAGAACAUGUUAGCUCCAUCUCUAAAACAGUUUUCUCUGCGAGUGGAAAUGCUGCCUUCGUACAUUCCUGUGCGAGUUGCUGAAAAAAUCUUGUUUGUCGGAGAAUCUGUGCAAAUGUUUGAGAAUCAAAAUGUUAACCUGACCAGAAAAGGUUCCAUCCUAAAAAACCAGGAGGACACUUUUGCAGCAGAACUACAUCGACUCAAGCAGCAACCACUCUUUAGUUUGGUAGACUUUGAAUCUGUGGUUGAUUGGAUACGAAGCACAGUUGCUGAGCAUCUUUGGAAACUGAUGGUGGAGGAAUCUGAUUUACUAGGACAACUGAAGAUUAUAAAAGACUUUUACCUUUUGGGAAGAGGUGAGCUGUUUCAGGCCUUCAUUGACACUGCACAGCACAUGUUAAAAACACCACCUACGGCUGUAACAGAACAUGAUGUCAAUGUUGCAUUUCAGCAGUCUGCUCACAAGGUACUGUUAGAUGACGACAACCUUCUUCCUUUGCUUCACUUGACCAUUGAGUAUCAUGGAAAGGAGCAUAAAGAUUCUUCUCAGACUCGCGAAGGGCCUUCCCGAGAGCUGUCUCCACGUGAAGCCCCUGCAUCUGGUUGGGCAGCUCUGGGCCUUUCUUACAAAGUUCAGUGGCCACUGCACAUUCUCUUUACUCCUGCUGUUUUGGAGAAGUACAAUGUCGUGUUCAAAUACCUGCUAAGUGUACGACGGGUCCAGGCAGAGCUACAACACUGCUGGGCUCUCCAGAUGCAACGCAAACACCUGAAAUCUAACAGAACUGAUGCCAUCAAGUGGCGUCUGAGGGACCACAUGGCUUUUCUUGUGGACAAUCUUCAGUAUUAUCUCCAGGUGGAUGUACUGGAAUCUCAGUUCUCACAGCUUCUCCAGCAAAUAAAUGCCACACGAGACUUUGAGAGUAUACGACUGGCUCAUGAUCAUUUCUUAAGUAAUCUGUUGGCUCAGUCUUUCAUCCUCCUAAAGCCUGUUUUCCACUGUUUAAAUGAAAUUCUGGACCUCUGUCAUAGUUUUUGUUCCCUGGUGAGUCAGAAUCUGGGACCGUUAGAUGAGCGUGGAGCUGCACAACUCAGCAUUCUGGUGAAGGGAUUCAGUCGUCAGUCAUCGCUGCUCUUCAAGAUUCUCUCCAGUGUUCGAAACCAUCAAAUAAACUCUGACUUAGCUCAACUGCUACUACGUCUGGAUUAUAACAAAUAUUACACACAGGCUGGAGGAACCUUGGGCAGUUUUGGGGUUUGAGUACUAAGACCUUUUCUUCAGACCGUGACCAACAGCAGGGUAAGCAGUGAAGCCUGUAGUGCUCUUGGGAGACUUUGCACUCCAAUUUUUCCUUGUAGCUGGCUAUUGCCUGAUGAAGCACUGUCAAAAAGACCUGGCAGGAAGCGCCACUUACCUGCAACUGCCUAAUGAUUACAGAAAGCUUUUCCAUUUAUUCUGAACUAGUACAAACGUGUUUUCUGCAGUCUUCAUACGCUUCCAGAAAGGCAGUCAGCGCUUCUUCCAGAAGUGGAAAAAACCCAACAGAACUGUGUCUUCGCUGUUCAGCUGGACUGUGAUGCUUGGCAAGCUGGAAGAUGGAGGAAGCAGUCUGUUGUUCUUGACCAUGAACGAAGUUUUAGCUUUCUUCAGAAAUCCAACUUGUCUAUUGUAAACCAGUUUAUCACACGUCUCCUAAUCAAAAUACAUACUUCUAUGUAAAUGAAACAACUCCAAUGGCAUUUUGAGGUAAACUGGAAGGGGAUGAAGGAAUGGAGUUUAAGAACUUUUUUCUCUUACAGUGCACCAAUCUGUCAUAUCAGUAUAGUUAAGUUUUAUGGAGAAAGCACAUGACGCUGCUAGCCCAGUCAUUACUAUAUUUGAACAUGCUGGAAUUAUCGCACCUGUUACUGUUUGCACUGUUCAGAGUGCAAAUCUCCCUCUGCUGAUAGAAAAAGGUGCUAGAACUAAAGCUAGGGAGAAAAUUAAGAUACCAUCACCAAAUGAACCAUGUUUUCAUUCAAGGCUAUUUAGAAUGCUGCUCGUGACUAGUGUACCAAACCUAAAUAAAUCCUUGGCAUGCACUUAAUUUUUCUUUUCUGCACCUCAGGCUCCCAGCAUUUUAUUUGUCCUAGUUCCUUCUUCCUUUCUACUUUCGUAUACCCAGUCUUUGCUGAGGCAGGUUAAUAUCUAUGUAGUCAAAACAGGAGGGAAAAGAAAAGAAAAAAGAUGUAGCCAAAACAUACGAGCUGCUUCAGCAGUAUCUUGUUCCAAUAAAUUGUAGCAGUACACAACAUUACAUUCUUCCAAAAAACAGAAGUGGUGCUGAUGCCCUCAACUCAGACACAGGUCCAUCCUUCUGUAAAUAAAGUCUACCACCUUUCCGUC